UUUGCAUCGCAUCUCUCUUUUUCUGCUUUUCAGUUGACGGAACACAAACACAGGUGAGGCUUCAGAAACGUAAACAUGGCGUCUCCAAGGCCCAAAUCUCCUAAACCUCCUGGAUCAGCUAAAAAAGACGAGAAAGAAGAGUCUUUUUGGGAGAAAAUUGGAACAUUAGGCAGGAAGAAACGUAUAAAGGAAGUGCAAGAGGUUCAGGAAGAAGGUAAAUAUGCAAUUGAUUCUCCAGCCAGUCCGACAAUACCAGAUCUACCUCCUGAAGAAUAUAAUCUGGAGGAAAAUGAGGAAAGAUCCAUGAUUGAGCCAAAAUCUUUCCAUAAUCCCAAGCUGCGUGAACUUAUCGCGGUUUUGACAGAAUGGAUAAACGACGAGUUGGCCGAGCAGAGAAUCAUUGUCAAAGACCUUGAGGAAGAUCUCUACGAUGGUCAAGUUCUACAGAAAUUGCUUGAAAAGCUGACUAAGCGAAAACUUGAUGUUCCUGAAGUGACACAAUCAGAAGAAGGGCAGAAGCAGAAACUGAGGAUUGUUCUUGAAGAAAGCAAUCGGGUGCUACAGCAGCCAAGAUUUCAUCAACAGAAGUGGACGGUGGAGGGAAUCCACUCGAAGAAUGUGGUCGCCAUUUUGCAUCUGCUGGUGGCACUAGCCAGGCACUUUCGCGCGCCUGUGCGUCUGCCCGAGCAGGUGGUGGUGAACGUAGUAGUGGUGCAGAAGCGAGACGGCGCACUCACGCACCGCACCGUGCAGGAGGAGUUGACCUCCACUUAUGGUGAUCUGGGCAUGCGCUGUGAGCGGGAUGCCUUCGACACACUUUUCGAUCAUGCGCCUGACAAGUUGCAGGUCGUCAAGAAGUCGCUGGUGACAUUCGUGAACAAACAGCUGAACAAGGUGAACCUGGAGGUGAUUGACCUUGACUCGCAGUUUCACGACGGUGUGUUCCUGGUGCUGCUGUUGGGUCUGCUGGAGGGGUUCUUUGUGCCGCUCCAUGCAUUCCAUCUCACGCCCAAGGACUUUGAGCAGAAAGUGCACAACGUCGCCUUCUCCUUUGAACUCAUGCAGGAUAUCGGGCUAGCUAAGCCCAAGGCCAGGCCUGAAGAUAUCGUCAACCUAGAUCUGAAGUCAACACUGCGUGUUCUCUACAACCUGUUCACCAAGUACAAGAAUCUAAGCUAGUUUACAAAAUCAAUGUGAAAACUGUUAAAGUGUGCUUUAAACUAAUUACUUUUAAUCAAAUUAGAAAUUAAUAUUAGAUUAUACCUGUUGAUCUAAUGCCAGAAGAGAUGCUAUUUUUAAAAUGUAUUUUUAGUGAAUGAUGAUUAUUCUAAAGUAGAACUGGAUGUGCCAAUCACUCCUAGUGAGAGUCAUAUUUUAUCGAUUUUAAACAAUUAUUAGUAACGAUAGGUAUAUUUAUUGUCUGAUAACUAAUUUAAAAAUGAAAGCUUGAUAUAUCUGUGUAUGAGAAAAACACCAAUCUCAAUUUAUUUAUUUACAAUGCAAAUGACACUAAUUUAAUAUCACUGGUAGAUAAAAUAAUAAGGUAGUCAUUGUGCUAUUUUUCUUCCAAAUUUUUAGGUGACAAAUUCCAAGAUAAGGUUAGAAUUUUACGUAUACAAUUUUUAUAAAAUUUUAGUCCAAAAUACAUGAAAACUAUAAAUUUUGAAUUUAGAUGGCUUGAAUUAAUAAAUUGAUUAGAAAUAUUCCACUCAAUUACCACUUGUAACGAAUAAUAUUGAGUUAUUUAAAAGAAAAUUGGAACUAUAUUCAACAAUUUUGAACGCUAAGCGAACAUUUGAAAAUUCUUCACUCCACAUCACAAUUAGGUUGAAGGUUUAUCACCUCAAUAACAAUCAAAUAGUACAAUAAUUCCAAUAGUUCCAUGCCUUCCUAUACUAAUAAGAUAUUAUUCUAGAUACAUCCAUUUUGAAACAAAUCUUAUUUUGAAUGUCUUGAGGAUACAAAUUCAUUAUAAUCAGUUUCAUCACACACGCACAAGCCUGGAGCUCAUGUGGGCAUCAUCUUCGGCAAAAAAAAUAUAUUUUCAGUCGUAGCUAAGAUGCUAACAUCUUCAUUUGUUGGGGGUUAACCCACUGCUAAGUUUGAUUUUUUCUGAUUGAUAUUGUAGACGCACAAGCUUCAAAACUAUGUCAAUUUCUUUGGACUGAAAAAGUGCUAAUAAUAUGUGGGAGGUGCUGUAUAGAAUUAUUGGCGCUUAAAUAAAUAAGUUCAACGGAAUGAAUUAUUUUAAGAAAAUCAGUGUCUUAUCUGCUUUUUUAUUACUAAUAAACUAUAAAUGUUUUUCAAAAAGUUGGGAAAUCUCUUAACAAUAAUUUAUUAUUUUUUUAUAAUUGGACUUAUUAUUGUAACUGAAACACCGAUCCAUUCUUUCUGAAAUUUAUAGAUGAAUAAUUUAAUGGAAUUAUAGUUUCUCACAGAAAAAAGUACAAUAUUGAGAACCAAUUACAAUAAUUGUAAUUAUGCGAUGAAUGAUAUUGAACUUUAUAUUGAAUGAUAUUGUAACAGUAUUGCUUACUAGUGCCUUCAUAAGUAUUGCCUUCCAUGUAUAAAUAAUUAUCAGAUUUAUGAAUAAAUUAUUUUAGUCAAUGAAAUUUCAAAAAUAUUCUCUUUUAUGCUUUGUAUGAAAUCGU